AUGGCUUACGUGACCAUGACUUUCUCAUUCUGCAUUUUCUUCUAUGUCGUCGUGGUUACUGGGAUGUUCGUGAGUUCCUCAUACGAGUAUUCACACUCAUGGUACCAUCGUCGUCGUAAAUAUGAUCCCGAAUACCCGUACGCUCUGGUUGGUGAACUUGUCUGCUUUAUGAUUCAAUGGGGAUUUCUUUUCUACAUCACUAAUAUCCAUGGUUCUCCUGCACAGUGCUGCAGAUGUGUAGAGGAGCCGGAGGACACAUGCAGAUGUGAAUGCUGCUACAUCUAUCCCGAGCCGAUUCUUGACGUUUUCGCGGGACCAAAAACGACUCAACCAGGGUUCCAAAUUUUGCUGGAACUACCGCGAUCGCACUGCGACGGUUUCCUCGCCGAAGCUCUAUCUGAAGACGAUGCUCCACCUCAAAGCACGAAUUUCCAAUCUGAACCUCAAUUGACAACUGUCCAGCCUCAACCUCAAAAUUUUGCUUUCCAGUUACCAAACGGUCAACAAGCAUUCAUUUUGCAACCUCUUGGGCAACAGCCGUUGGCAACUUCAUCUGUCAUCUUUGACUACGAUUUCCUUGAUUUUUGGAGAGCGGCGGAUGUCUUUGCCUACCAGUGUCGCCAUUCAAUCAAAAAUUAUGCUGCGAGAGCCGAACGGUUGAUUGAGAACUACGAAAUAGUCCGAGAAGCUGCACGAUACUACGAUGGAUGGCCCAACGUCGAUGAGGAUACCCUUGGUGAAUGCUUGUGCAUUCUACCCACUUACUGGCAAAGUUUUGAUGAGAAAACAAGCCCACAAACGAACAUCAACAAUUUAAAGCACUGGACCGAAUGCUGGAUCCAGUGGCAUACAAUUAUUUCUCCAGCAGAAAAACAAAGAAUCAAUAAAGCGUUGAAAAAGAUCGAGAAGAUCGCGAAUAAACCGCCAAACUAUCCUGCACCCAUUUCUUACCACAUUUCCGAGGAGACAAUGACCUACGAUCAAGCUCGCGGCUAUUGCUUUGCGAAAAACAUGUGGCUUGCUGAUCCUGAGAGUCCUUUCCGGCUUUAUGGUAUCAAGGAGACAAUGAAGGAAGAGGAUGUUUCAUUUGUUUGGUUUGAUCCUCAAUGGGCGGGGUCUGACCAAUGUUGGAUUGAAGAAAAAUUUGUUCUUCCACUUCCACCAGGUCCUCCGACCUUUGUUUAUGAGGAAAAGUCGGUAAACUGUGCGGAGAAAAACCAAGCUAUUUGUGAAGAAGGCCAAAUGCUUCCUUGGGGGGUCGAAACUUGUGUGCAUUUUGAACUUGCUCCUUUCCAAGCAGAAUCAUUCGACGAAGCUCGGGACUACUGUCAAAGUAUUGUUUUCGAAUUUUGGCCAUACUGGGAUCGAAUCGGUAGCCUUCCCUUCUUCGGCUCUCAAUCCGAGCUUCAUCAAUUCAACCAAGAAGCAAAUUUGACGGAGUACCGCGAACAAGUUCUUGGAAUUUUCCGUGAACCUGAAUAUGAAAGCGGUUGGGGAGCGCACUACGGUCGAAUGGAGGUUGAAGUCGAUGUUUUCUCUUGGGGACCCGGCCAACCAAACGAUGGCGUUAAUAACACUUGCGUCAUGACAAGAAAUGCCGAUCCAUACACCUGGGAUAAUGUUCCCUGUGAUUUUCCUGAGGGCAUCAGCUUUUCAUGCAGAAUUGAUUGGGAAGAACCUGCUGGAUAUGGAUGCAUUCCUCCAGUUCUCACUGACCCACCCGCCGCAUGA